AUGUGCACGAACGUUUCAUUUAGGAUAGCAAAGUCAGUGAAACGUGCUUUUUUGCUUUCAAUAAUGUUUACAAAAUAUUCUUCGUGAAAAAGACAAAUUGAUUUUUUCACCCUGUUCACGCUUAUACAUAGUAGUCUACACCACGUGAUUAACUACUAGUCAAGUAGAAUAGUGAAAUGGCAAAUGACCGAGAAGUCCUGCGUCUAGUAUGGGAGGGAAAGAUUCCGAUAUGUUUUCAGGCUGAUCCUGCCGAAGUGGUAGGACUUCAACCACCGGAACCCUUUUAUCUGAUGGUUCCACGACUCAGCUACUUGCCCUUAGUCACCGAUAAAGUUCGAAAGCAUUUCGUUCGUUUUAUAUCAAAUGAACAGCAGGAAGGUGAUAUUUGGUUCGAUUGCAAUGGAACACCACUCAAAUGGCACUAUCCUAUAGGUGUUCUCUUUGAUCUCACCAUGGGAGAUGAGGAGCCCAAUCUCCCAUGGACUGUUACCAUUCACUUUGGCAAUCUUCCCGGUGAGUUUGUCUUCAAAUGCCCAACAAAGGAGGUUGUGGAGGCGCAUUUUAUGUCCUGCCUAAAGGAGGCGGAUCACCUGAAGCAUCGCGGUCAAAUAGUGUCAGCUAUGCAGAAGAAAGAUCACACACAACUCUGGCUGGGUAUCGUCAAUGAUAAAUUUGACCAAUUCUGGGCUGUGAAUCGGCGUCUCAUGGAGUCGCACGGGGAUCAAGAUACUUUCAAAUAUAUUCCAGUCAGGUGCUACAAUGAGGACGGGACGUAUAUGCAGAAAUUGAUUCAGCCAACAUCCAAGACAAAUCUCAAGCAAACCCUCAAAGACCUGCUGGAAUGCUUUUCAUCACCUGCCCACCGUGCAGUUGCGGCACGAAUGCAUGGGAUCACCGUGGAUUUGGACACACCUCUUCAAUGGCUCUCUGAACAUCUCUCAUACCCGGACAAUUUUCUUCAUAUUUGCCUACUCUAUGAUGAUGAUAAUACGACGAUAGCAGCUGAUAAUGACUCUUCGGUGUGCUGAAGAAAUCAUACUUGAGGAUCAUCCCCCAAUGACAUUCAAGUCUGUUUUUUUUUUUUGUUAUUUUUACCAUCAAAAGAAAUCCCGCACACAUUUUAUUCACAUCUUUUAUGCUCUGGUUUUUGAAACAUCUUCCAAGAAUUUUCAUUUGAUUUUUUACUAGUUCUUAAGCAUAAGCAUUGUCAUAAGUUGUCAUGUGAACUGUUGUAUUCCAUUGUCUAAAGACUUUUGCGGUGGCGCCAUCUACUAUCUUUUUGGAGACUAUUGCUCUAAAUGUCAGAACUAAUAUUAGAAAAAAAAAGGUUUAAAAUAUUACGAGGAAAUGUACUCAGAUGGAUGAAAUGAGUAAAAUGUAUGGAAAAGUA